AUGGGCUCUGUGACUCGUCUACCUGAGGAAUAUCCUCCACAAGCCAGCCUCUCCAAGGAAGUCUACCGCCCCUUUCCCACUCUCCCCACAAACUUUCCUAUCGAUCCAGCCAGCAUCGACGCCGCCGCACUCGUCCAGACCGGCCUCACGUCCCUCCACGACGCCCUUCAGGCCAACGAUCUCGCCGCUGUGAAGUCCUGCUUCCUAGGUUCCCAGGCCUAUUGGCGCGACCUCGUUGCCCUGACAUGGCACAUCCGUACCUUCAACGACGGCCCCGCCAUCGCACCCGCCCUGCUCCAGCUUCAGCGCGAGCGGGCCUGGACGGGCGAGUUGAACCUUGAUGUGGCCAGCGUGAAGCAUGUUGUCGUCACACCUGCUCUGCAGUGGGUCGAGGGCAUGUUUUCGUUCGAGACGGGCAGUCCUGCUGCGGCCUGUGGGGGGCGGGUGAUCCUUUUUCCUGAGGAGAAGGAGGAGGAUGCUGGUGGUGAGGAGGGGCGCAUUGUGUGGAAGAUCUGGACAAUGUCUACCUGGAUUGAUGCUCUAAAGUCAUUUCCAGAGGCUCUGGAUGCCCUGAAAGCUCCUGGCAGAAAUUUGGAAGGGAACGAGGUGAUCGAGACGGAUGUGUUCAUCCUGGGAGGUGGCAAUGGUGGCCUCAUCCUCGCCGCCCGUCUCAAAGCACUUGGCGUCGACACUGUGGUUGUCGACAAGAAUCCUCAGCCAGGAGACAACUGGGCACUGCGGUACGACUGUCUCCGCUUCCACAUUGGCCGUCACAAUUGCGAGACUCCUUACCUGCCCUACCCUGACCACCUCCCCGUCAUCCUUACCAGACAAGACCUCGCAAACCACAUGAAGAACUACGCUGCGGCAUUCCAUCUGCCCAUAUUCAACUCCUCUGUCGUCGAAGGCUGCUCCUUGAACCAGGCCCGCGGUAUCUGGACCUUCAAGGUGCGCACGCCACAGGGAGUCAGGACGGUGAAGAGCAAGCAUCUUGUUCAGGCGACGGGCGUGUUUGGCGUCGCACCCUAUGUUCCUGAGCUCCCUGGGGAGUAUCAGGGUGUCGUUGUUCACUCGGCCCAGUAUAAGAACCCAAAAACUUUGACUGAUCGAGGUGCAAAGUCCGUAAUCAUAGUCGGAUCCGCCAACUCGGCCUUCGACGUAAUGGAAGACUGCGCCGCUGCCGGCCUGCAGACGACCAUGAUCGCCCGCUCCCCAACCUACAUCUUCCCAUGGGAGUACUCUCUUGCCCCUCAAGGCUUAGGCCUGUACGCCACCCUACCAGCCGAACGCGUCGACAAGAUGCAAAUGUCGGGCCCGACCUCGAUCUCGGGCCAGCUGGCGAGAGGCCUGCAGGUGGCGCUGGCGCAUCGGGAGCCGGACAGGUACAAGCCGCUUGCAGAGGCUGGAUUUCCUGUCUUUGAUGGUGUGACGGGCGAUGGCGAUCUGAUGCACUACCUGCUUGAGAGGGGCGGCGGCCAUUUCAAUGAUAUCGGGGAGGGCAUCGACAUGAUUGUCUCUGGGAAGGUGGCGGUUAGGGGCAAUGUUUCGCCGGUGGCGUAUAGUUCCACGGGGCUGGUGCUGAGUGAUGGGUCGAAGCUUGACGCUGAUGCUAUCGUGUGGUGCACGGGGUUCAAAGACACGGACAGGUCGGUGACGGCUCAGACUCUUGGAGGAAAACUGUUUGUAGACGAGGAGGAGGGGAAAGAGGAAGCGGGGAGAGUGACUGGGGAAAACGAGAGCGAGGUUUUAGGACCGCAGGAUGUGGCUGCGAGACGAGAUGCCAUCUGGGGCGUGGACAAGGAGGGCGAGCUCCGUGGUGUUUUCAAGCGGAACCUGAGGAUGGAGAAUUACUGGAUCUUUGGAGGGACGACUGCGAUGCAUCGGUAUUAUUCAUGGCCGCUGGCCUUGCAGAUCAAGGCAGCCGUGGAGGGAAUAUUGCCCGAGGCGUACCGGGACACGCCUAAGGCUGAUUAG